CUUAUUUUUAUAUUAGUUUUUUCAAUUUAAAGAAAAGGAAUGAGAUCCCAGAUGCGUCGGGGAUUUUGCUGAUUCCAUUAUCUCCACUUAGUCGUCCAGGAGAGGCGGGAGGGCGGCAUGAAUGGGGGCCUCUUACUGUACCAACAGCUGGGCUUGUGUGUUUUGUACAGGAAUAGCAGAGCAGAGUGCAGCUCUGGGUGUAAUGGAAUAAGUUCCCCAUAUCACAGCCCUAUGAUUGAUGGGCACGGCUGUGCUGUUGACCCGCUGAUAUGGCCCUGGCUGAGUGACAGCUGGGAGCAGCUCAAGUAAAGCCUAACAGGGAGGGAGCAUGCGGGGGAGCAGGAUUUAAAGAGACGCUCUAAUCCCCAGGAGCUCUCUUUGUGCCUGUCUCUCUGGAGAGGUCUCCCUAUACCUGGCGUUAUUGCUGCGAGGACACUUAGAGGAGAAGCUUCAGGAUGCUGUCUCUUGACCAGCUCAUAUUGGAUCAUCCUAUGUACUCCAAAGAUGGAGACUUAAGUGAGGUUUGGGUACCUGGGGCUACCCCUCCUUGGGGAAUGAGUCAUUCCACAGAAACACCACAAGGAAAGAAUAAUGGGGAGAAUGAAGUGCAACCAAACGAAAAUGUUAUAGAAAGCUACGAGGAUCUGCAGAAGGUUCUGAUCAAUGCUGGACUUCCCGAGACAGAAGACAGGAGCAAACAACCACGUACAGGUCAUACCAUGGAUACCACAACCAUCUGUGUCUUCGGAGCCCCCAGCUUUGCUAUGUCCAUUCUGCUUGAGGGUGCGAGACAAUGUCCUGGAAAAAUACUACUUUGUCUUUCCACCUCAUGGUUCUGCCCAGCUCCACCAUCUUCAGCCACCACAGUCCCUCUAUUUGUCAAACAGGCUGUGACUUUUGAUCUGGGGGGUCGCACUUACUUGGACACUUUUUCUCCUCCUCGACGUGUCACUUACCUCUCCUGGUUGGGAGGUCCUCAGUUCCUGGUGGGAGAGCAGUGGGAUUGUCCAAUGGGGGGAUCUCCACAACUUUCCCGUCUCCUGGCCAAUACCUUGGGUGUUCGAAUCCUCCUGGAUACUAAGGAACUACCUCUUACGCCUGCCCUGCUUCUUAGUAAUUCCUACCAGUUGGGAUCUUGGGGGAAAUAUACUGCAAAAGCCCAAAGUACAAGGGUGGUGGAGCUUUAUCAAAAAGAUGGACGAGAAGAGACGAUUCGCCAAGAAGUCUCGGUGUUUCUUUCGUCUCACAGGAUGAAGGGCCAUCAGAAGGUGGUUUUGAAGACCUUUUGGCCAUAUCCCGGCCGUUCUCCAACCACCAGCUUCUAUUCUUCUGAAGACACUGUCCAGGUGUCAGACGUGGUCGUGGGGCUUCUUUCGGAGCUCCCACAAGGACAAGCAGUAAUGCUUGAGGGCUUUGUGACGAGCGUGCCCCCACGUAGGAUCAAGCCAUCACCGCCGCCCGCCUGUAUACCACGCUGCUCCGUGCGCCCCCCAGAGCUGACGAUCCGUCUCUGUGCCGUUGUCUGCCGAUCUCGCGGAGACCAACCAAUCCUAAGCAAGGUGGUAUGUAUGGUCGGCCGGGCAGAGAAGCCUCUCUGUCAUCGGGUCACACUCCCUCAGUCCUUGGACACCACAUUAGAGUUAUGGGGAGUGUUGGAUAAGAAUCAGAAAAGAAACAUAUGGGUCCAAAUCAAAGAAGCCUCAGAAAAGGCGAUGAAAGUGAUAAUGGAGGAAGAGAAAAAAAUGAGCUCUAAAGAAAGGGGAGGGAACAAGGUGCAAACUGAUGUCCUCGGUGUGGAUAUGCUUCUUACUUGUGUUGACUACAUGGUGUCACCCGUCAUUCUCGGUGUAACCACUGAUCUAUGUCUGGAAAGUUGUGGGAUCCAGGAAUGUGUUCUCGGAAGCCUGGCAGCCGGGAAAUCCACCAGCGUUGACUCCGCGUCUGGGCCUCUUAUCGAAACAAUGCUUCGCCGUUCUAUGACGUACGUGAUGGAAGGAAAAGAUGUCUUGAUGAUCGGUGCCGGUGGCAUCAGCAAAAAGUUCAUCUGGCAGGCCGCGCAGAGUUACGGGAUCAAGAUCCAUAUGGUGGAGUCAAACCCGGGACAUUUUGCCUCAUCCCUUGUCACCACCUUCAUCCAUUAUGACUAUGACGAUAGCUCCUGUAGUGACGAGGAACAUGCUCAGAACAUCUUGUCUAUAGUCAGGGACAAAGGUCUCCAUCUUUCAGGGUGUAUGGCAUUUUGGGAUGAGUGCACCAUCCUGGCAGCCAUAUUGUGUCGUAUGUUAGGUCUUCCCGGUCCUCCUCCGAAUGCUGUGAGACUUGCCAAGCGCAAGACCCAAACCCAGCUGUGUCUCCUCAACAUGACAGCUCCAUCUCCACCAUUUCCAUACGCUGGGGCAUUUGGCGUUCCCUGCUUUCCUCUAGGUCCUGGAACAGGGGGGGUAGAAGCGGCAGAGUCAAUCCUUUCAUACCCAUUGGUGUUAAAGCCAGAAUCUGGGGCAGGAGCUGUUGGCGUUCGCUUAGUCCAGGAUGCAGAGGAGUGUAGAAGCUUAGUUAAAAAGAUGGGGGUAGAGCCCGAAGCGUCUAAGCUUAUAAUGAAUGAUGAAUACUCCUCCAUAGAUGCCGGUGGAGUCCAUCAUAAAGAAAAUGGCUGUAAGCCAAGAAAUGGAGAGAGUAGGGAGCUGGCGGUCCCUGAAGUGGGACUAUCAAAUGGAGUAAGCAGUGAUGAUGAACCGGUCAAGGUUGCAGUUCAGACACCUCCUCCUCUCCUGGCUGAGUAUAUCACCGGCUCAGAGCACGAUGUGGAUUUGGUCCUGGGUUUUAAUGGCCGUCUUUUGGCAGCUUACGUAUCAGACAAUGGGCCGACUCUACUUCCUGGUUUCACUGAAACCGCUGCAGCGCUUCCAUCCCGACUUAGUCAAGAACGGCGUUGCCAGCUGGUUCAGGCCGCUUCACGCAGUUGUAGAGCUUUAGGUCUGUACCCCGGGGUUUUCAAUGUAGAACUCAAAAUGACUGAAUCCGGUCCACGAUUGCUUGAGAUUAACCCCCGAAUGGGUGGAUUUUAUCUUCGUGAUUGGAUUCGCCAUAUCUACGGCACUGACCUGGUGCUCGUUGCCCUUGCCUUGUCCUGUGGGCUGGAGCCUGCGUUACCAGAGAAGGGUGCCCAGGAGAGUGCCGUUCUAGUUGGCAUUAUGUGCACAGGAGAAUCUCACGAGGAGGCUUUGGGCAGCACAGCAAAUCCACAGAGAUUGUCCGAGCUGCACAAUGCGGGAUACAUCAGAUUCAACCGUCUCGAAGGUUGCCCGGUGCACAAACCGGAUCAGGAACCAUACUGCAAUGUGGCAUGUCAGGGGGAGAACCAGAAGGAGGCCAGGGAGAGGCUUCUGGGGGUGUGCUCUGCGCUCGGCUUCGAUUCUCAGAGAUAUCCAUUGCGUUAUUUGACUGGGGAGUUCCAGUCCAAGAUGGUAGUGAAUGAAGUCUAAGGGUGGAAAAAGUGGAGGAUCGGUGGGAACAAAUAUAAGGACUACUGUAAGAAAAUAGGGAUCAGUCUCCUUCUUAACAUAUUUUCACCCGAACAAUAAAUUUUACGAUGGCACUACCUCCCCGACACCCAGUUUGGCCAUAAAUAUCUGAGAGGUGGAGGUCCCAUCCUGGUCCCUGACCCGUGUGCCAGCACUUUUGGCAAAGCUUGAUGCCCUGGCUCCAAUGGCGAGGUAGUUGAGCGCCACUGAGACCGCGGGAGAUGUGGGGAGGGCUGAUCCAAUGGCGCUGAUCUCUAAAAAGUGGAGGUCCUAAAGGUGAGACCCCACCCAAAAGAUAUCUAUGGCAAAUUCCAUAGACAGGAAACCUUCUUCAGGUCUAAGUAUUGAGUAUUCUUGAGGGUUUCUGGGAGAUUGUUGCCUCAGACAAAAAUUCAGGAUAUAAUAGUUAUUCCCACUUGUCUAGUUGGCGGUGACUUUUUGGGUAUUAUUUUAUGUAUUAAAUGUAUUUUUACUGUUUUCAGUAUUUUUAAAAAUGAAUCUGAUCCAGAUGAUCUUGGGCAAAUUUAUUAGGGUCAAGUCAAAUACUAGAAGUUCUAACUGGAGGAGAAAUUACAAACAAUUUGUUCUGGAAAGUUUUGCUUCUUCCCCCUCAUCGAACGAAUGAACAAAUCAAAGGGAAAAACAUAUAUGGCCGAUCUGUAUCUCUGACCCCUGGGACCUCAACCGGUCAUCAGAACAGGGCUGAGAUGUACCAGACACACAUUAAGCCGAGCCGCGUGCCAGCUCUGCCACUUCUAUCCUACUGAUCGGCGGUGGUCCCAGGAGUCAGACCCCCUCAUGUUUAUUUUUCUUUUUUUUCCCAUUAAUGACAAAUUCUGUAAAAUAUAAAAAAUUAUGAUCGAUUUUUAAAUCUACAAAUGUACAGUAUAUUCUAUAAACAAUAAAAGUUGGAUAAAACCUUG